UCAUUUUCAGUUCUCCUCUGCUUGACAACCUUUACCUGCAAACACAAUGAGGAAAGCAUACUCAGUCUCAAGCUCUGGCAGCAGACCCAGGAUGUCCUUUGCAGGACCAGAAAGCGGCUACUCCGUCAGCAGAACCAGUCACGGUGGUCUUGGCUAUGCUGGUUUUAGUAUGGCUGCAAGGCAUGUUGGUUCUGGCUCUAGUUAUGUGCCCCCACUGAUCACAGCUGUCCAUUUCAACCAGAGCCUGCUGACCCCCCUGAACCUGGAGAUUGACCCCACCAUCCAGGCUGUCCGCACCCAGGAGAAGGAGCAGAUCAAGACCCUGAACAACCGCUUUGCUUCCUUCAUUGACAAGGUCCGUUUCCUGGAGCAGCAGAACAAGAAGCUGGAGACCAAAUGGAGCCUCCUUCAGGACCAGACCCCCACCCGCUCCAAAAUCGAGGGCAUGUUUGAGGCCUACAUUGCCAACCUGCGCAGACAGCUUGACGGGCUGGGCAAUGAGAAGGGCAAGCUGGAGGGAGAGCUGAAGAACAUGCAGGGUCUGGUUGAGGACUUCAAGAGGAAGUAUGAAGAUGAAAUCAACAGACGUGCAGCUGCAGAGAACAAAUUUGUGCUCCUGAAGAAGGAUGCUGAUGCUGCCUACAUAAACAUGAUGGAGCUGGAAGCCAAGGCUGAUGCUCUUCAGGAUGAGAUCAACUUCCUCAAGGCCGUCCAUGAGGCUGAGCUUCAUGAGCUGCAGGGCCAGAUCAAGGAAACCUCUAUUGUUGUGGAGAUGGACAACGGCCGUAACUUGGACAUGGACGCCAUUGUGGCUGAAGUGCGUGCUCAGUACGAGGACAUUGCCAACCGCAGCAAGGCUGAAGCAGAGACCUGGUACAAACAUAAGUACGAGGAGAUGCAGAGCUCUGCCGGACAGUAUGGUGAUGACCUGCGCACAACCAAGGCUGAGAUUGCUGAAGUGAACCGCAUGAUCUCCCGUCUUCAGAAUGAGAUUGAGGCUGUCAAGGGACAGAGGGCCAACCUUGAGGCUCAGAUAGCAGAGGCUGAGAAGCGUGGUGAGCUGGCAGUGAAGGAUGCCAAGCUCCGCAUCAAGGACCUGGAGGAUGCUCUGCAGAGAGCCAAGCAGGACAUGGCCCGCCAGGUGCGCGAAUACCAGGAGCUGAUGAAUGUCAAGCUGGCUCUGGACAUUGAAAUCGCCACCUACAGGAAACUGCUGGAAGGAGAGGAGACCAGACUGGCCAGUGGAGGCUCCAGUGCAACCAUCCAUGUGCAGCAGACCUCUGGAGGUGGUGGAUUCUCCAGCUCAAGCUCCGGCGGGGGAUUCAGCUAUGGUGGUGGUUAUGGUGGUGUUCUCACCAAGUCCACAGUGUCAAAGACCUGUUCCAGGAGAGUCUAUUAAAACAGAGAGCUGUCCUACUUCUGCUUCAGAAACUCUUAAAAGUGAUUUAAAUCACCUUUUAUGUACUCUUUCAUGGUGCUACACAAUACUGUAAAGCAUGUUCAACAAUAAAGCUGAAUAUCCCCAAAA